CGCUCAGAGGGGGAGAAAAGAGCCGCCGAGGAGGGCAGAAACACAAGAGAGGGGCAAUUUUUUUUUCCACGACAGCACCGCGGCUUGGGAACAAACCAACUGUGUCGAGUUGGCUGGCAUGGAGCUGAGCGUUGCCGUUCUGAGCCGUUUCGAGCAGUCCACCUAAGCCGGGGCAUUUCGGGGGCAGUUUGCUGUUGGUCCCGGGGGUUUGUGGAGCCCGUGUGAAUCUGUUGCUAGCAGCGCUCGAAUGCUAGUUAGCUCCGCUGCUAAGCAGCUAGCCAACACUGCGAAUCAAUUGUGUCGGAGAUCUCGGAUUUACGUUUAAAAGCGGUUUCGUUCGUCCGCCUCUCUCGGGAUUCGUUUUGCCCGUUGAGUUUUGGCUUUUUUCUAAGCGAGGGGACGUUAAUAAGCGAACGCCCGAGUUUCUAUUUCGAUUUAUUUUCAGCAGGGACUUUUUUCUCCUCUCUAUUAGCUUGUUAGCCGCUCUGGUUGGUUUAGUCCAGCUUGUUAGUAGUGUCUGAGAUUUCUACUGUAAUAGCUGUCAGCGACAACAACCUCUUGACGAAAAGCCAGAUUGUUGACGUAUAUGUGGCCAUGAAUGGUUUUAUUGCAGACUGCGAGUUGUUUAGAGAGGCGAUACUUUGAGAUGCCGCGCGUGGGAUACUUCAUGUUUCCAGGGACGCUUUUAUUUUCUUGUUAGGCUGCUUUAUGGGAGUGCUAGUGUGCAGCGUUUUGCUUUAGACAAUACUGGGUUUUGCAGGAAUUGCAUGCGGUCUGAUUUUUUUUCCCCUCAUGCAAACUAGUUAUUCACCCUUUUCCAUCAAUCGCGCAUCGUUUUGAUGUGGUUAAAUCCCACAUUUCAGUCGCGCACUCGUUGUUUUUUUAUCUAGUGGUUCGUCCAGCUCCACGUUUGUAUUCACGCUGUUGGUGGUACAUGGUCACCAAGACAGGUCGCUGAUACACGUUUUCAUUGGUUUGCGGCGGGGAAACGGCGAGAUUCGGCUUUAAAGUAUUAUGGAUGAUCAGACCCGAAUGCUGGCUAGCAUGGGCGGACUCGGCGGACUCUCUCAAGCCGACGUGGGUGACCCCGAUUCGGUUCGGAAGCAGCAAUCCCUCGGUCAACCGCAGCAAGACAUAGGGGAUAUUCUCCAACAGAUCAUGGCCAUCACCGACGAGAGCCUCGACGAAGCCCAGGCGAGAUGCUGGCCAGAGGAGGCACCGGCGCAGUGGACCCCACAGAGGGAGGGGGAGCUGGGGGGGAGCACAGCAGGGUGUGCCCUGCCGCUCAACUUCCAGCACAGAAAACACGCACUGAACUGCCACAGGAUGAAGCCGGCUCUCUUCAGUGUUUUAUGCGAGAUCAAAGAAAAAACUGUGCUGAGCAUCAGAGGCGUACAGGAGGAGGACCCCCCAGACCCCCAGAUCAUGCGUCUGGAUAACAUGCUGCUGGCCGAGGGCGUGUCCGGGCCCGAGAAGGGAGGCGGCUCGGCGGCGGCUGCCGCAGCUGCAGCAGCAGCUGGAGGAUCACCCAACGACGGCAGCAUCGAGCACUCCGACUACAGAGCCAAACUCGCACAGAUCCGCCAGAUCUACCACUCCGAACUAGAGAAAUAUGAACAGGCCUGCAGUGAGUUCACCAAUCACGUGAUGAACCUGCUGAGGGAACAGUCCCGCACACGGCCUAUCUCACCCAAAGAGAUCGAACGCAUGGUGGCCAUCAUCCACCGCAAGUUCAGCUCUAUCCAGAUGCAGCUCAAGCAGAGCACCUGUGAGGCCGUCAUGAUUCUUCGCUCUCGCUUCCUCGAUGCCAGACGUAAGAGACGCAAUUUCAAUAAGCAAGCCACAGAGGUGCUGAAUGAGUACUUCUACUCUCACCUCUCCAACCCGUACCCCAGUGAGGAAGCCAAGGAAGAGUUGGCCAAGAAAUGUGGGAUCACAGUCUCUCAGGUUUCGAAUUGGUUUGGCAACAAGAGAAUUCGGUACAAGAAGAACAUUGGGUCGUCUGGGUCGUACACCCUCUCUCACGCAGGAGAUGCCUACCUCGGGCUGCGAUCACUCAACGGGGAUGGCGUCAGCGUCACUCCCGCUGUGCAGCAGCAGCAGGUGGAUAUCCUGCACCGUGCUACACACCUGACGGCAGGCUAUGAAGAUCUGGCAGGAAGUCCUCUUUACACCCCACGCCGUCUAGAUGCUAACAACAGCUGGCAAGACAACACCAACCCUCCCUCCAUCACCUCUCCACCAGCACCACCUGGCAGCAUCCACUCUGACACCUCCAGCUAAUGUAGCUCACGCUACGCCACACACACACUCGCUCACACUCACACACACACAUGCGCACACGCACACACACACAUACACACACACACAGCAUCUCUUCAUCCGGUCUCGCCUGUUCUCUCCUGCUUUCGUCCUUCGCUCUAGCAGAUGUCAAAGGUCUUCCAUAGUCAUCGUUCCACUUUCUUCAUGGUGUGCCAGGGUUCUCACGCUGAACCAGACUUUCUGAAACACACACACACACAUACACACACGCUCCUCUCGAGCAAAAGACGCAGAACGUCACAUUUGCUGAGGAUGAGUCAGAAUAAACCACACGUCCUUUUCAGCAGUCUUUGUGUGGAAAACACAAAGUCUGGACAGUCUACGCCCAACUCCACGUUACCUUUCCUGUUCCAACCUGUCACGAUGGGGAAUACUCAACAACUCCCUCCUUGCUUGUACCAAAGUGCUGUCAACGGUUGUCGCACCUUCCGCUCGUCGAAGAACAACCUCAGACAACUGAAUCACGGGAAGCGUCAUUCAGUCUGCUUUUUAAUAUGGUUUCCGAUCGGUAUCAUCGCCGCUUCAGUACGCAAACCGACUCUGCGAAGCGUUUCUCACGAAACAAUCUGUCCUGCAUUGUUCAACGUUGUGUUAAGCACAAAUCCUAUCGAUCACACUUUGAGCUGGUGGUUGGAUGGAGAGGAAUCCAUCUGUGUAAAGGUACGCCGGACAUUUGAACACUUUAACUAGCUGAUCGCAGAAGAGUUCGGCGGGAAACGUGAAAGACCUUCAGCGGAGGAGUGACGAGUUGAAGGGCGAUUGAUGUGCGGUCGCCGACUACAUGUUACAUGUUCUUUCUCAACAGAUAUAAAAGAGAUGUUGACAUUGACCUUGUUUUUAAUAGUUUAGCUACAGUAUUUUUUUUUUUCUUUUUCCUGAAGCAUUUUCGCCCCCACAAAGUUGCACCAGCCACCAAAUAAAAGACUCGACAGGAACUUUUUGGAAAUGGGUUGGACGGAUAGCUGGAGUAUUCGUUUGGAUUGGGACAUGGGUGGGGUAUUUAGAAAUAUUUUUAAAAGGGAAAGAAAAAAGAUAUUCCACUGUCUUCCAUGCAUGUAGGGUGUUGAGAUGUUUUAGUGAUUCCAUUUAGCCUGACGUUUCUUUUUUUUUUCUUUUUUUUUUUUUGAAACAAAAUAUACUAUAAAAGGAGGGGGUGUAAGUAAGUAACAGACCAAAUAAACAAAUGAACAACUCCAGAAACAAAAACGAAACUUCAUACUGCCCAGUCCAGCACUUCCAGCUGGUGUUUGGUUUCUCUAGGACUUUGGCGGUAUUUUAUUGAUCGCACGAUUUCAUAACAGGCAUCCGUGACACACUGACCACAUUACUCAAACCUUUCCGAGGAGGCCAUAGCAGUUGCCAACCAAUAAUUCUGAGCGGAUGUGAAAUGUGCUUGUUACAGAUAUCAAGGAGUUAUUUUGAUGGCCUCUCAUGUUACUGUGUUUGUGUGUACGGGUGUCUGUUUUAUAAGGGUUGGGUUGUCUCGUCACUCACUCGUGCUUUUGAACUGAUUGUAUUGUACGUGCAAUUGAAAGCACCUGUUCCUUGGUAAAGCAUGCUGUCUUUUUUCUUUUUCUUUUUUGUCGUUGUUGCCUACAAUUUCACUAAACAAAGGAACUCAGUUUUUUUUUUUAAUCAGUUAACAUAGCCAAGCAACAAGGGCUUUUCUCCUUUCAAAUUUAACCAAAAAUAAGCACUGGAUGUGUUGUGAUUUGAAACAGAUGGACUAAAGCUAGUAGAGGAACAUCAAAUGAAUUUCUAUUUACUUUUUCCAGACAAGACAGACAAGUUGUUUUGUAUUCCCGGGAAUUGGUUCUUUUUUUAUUUUUUCCUUUCUUUUUCCCCCCAAGUUUACCUUUAGUCACGGAAGCACCAGGGCGUUUUGAUAUAUGAAUGGAAAUUCUAUAUAUUACACAAAGGACUAAAUAACAUUGAAAUGUAAAUUGGGGUUUUGUUUAUAUGUACACAUGGAAAAACAAACUCUGAGGAGCUUUUCAAGCUAUUAUUCAGAUCAUUGUGUCCUCUAUAGAUUACUGUUAGUUAUAAACAUUUCAUAUGGAUAUCUCCAACUAAUGCUAUUACUACACCAAAAUUUCUUUGUUUUCUUUUCUAUCAGUCAUCUAUGGAUGUCACUGUACAGAUUGUGGAAUGUUUCAGUGUAUUUUCUCUUUGUAUGCUUUGAUUUUUUUGUUUUGUUUUUUAUCGCUGGGGGUUUUGGAUUCGCUCAUGAGCAAGAGUAAUAUUUGUUAGUCUUUGUAAUAUUCAUUUUAGCGUUUCAGUUACAUUUUAUUUGGAUCGGGAGUCUCGAGUGUUAUUUUUUUUGUGUGUGGUUUUGUCAGAACUGGUAGCGUUUGUUUGAGGUGCUGUGCAAAUUCCCUCAGUUGAUCAUCAUCACACUACUAACUGCAGAAUGAGAUGUUUUAUUGGAGUAAAUGCACAAGCUACAUAACAAAAUGAUGAUUUUGAACACUACAUAUCUGGUACAUCCAGGCGUUGGCGUUCCUAAAUGUCUUUUUCCCCAAAAGCGCACCUAUACCCUGUUUGGAUACUCUGGAUUAUGAUCUGAGGUGGAUUCCACAGCACUUUAUCAAAUGCCAUUAGUGUUUUUUCCCUCUAUUUUUAUCAUUAUUUUACUAGAAUUGUAGUACACGCUUCCUUCUGUAUUUACCAUUCUCUCCCUCCUCUCUACCUCUCCUCUCUCCAUUUCACUUGUAUAUAAACCCCACCAUUUUCAGACUUGGUAGUCUGUAUAAACUCCUUUUAUACCUCAACUUUAGAACUGUUCUAGUGAGAGAGAAAAAAAGAAAUAUGAGAAAAUUGUAGUGUUCCUUAUUAGAAAAACAAAAACUAAUAAAAUAAUCUAGUGUGCUUUUGA